GGCAUCAGUUUCAGUCUAUAAUUCACGAAUAGACAGCGCGAACUACAACACACAGAAAAAACCUUUCUAUGACUGGUUACGCAAAAUGUUACAUAUAGCUCUCCAGUGACAUCACUACAACACGGAAGUUCCGCUCUAUGCAGCCAAUUUCUACUCUGUCAAUGGUGUGCCGACAGAUAGGGAAAUCACACCUGGAAAUAACGCCUCUAUGGCUGAAAAAUAUUCCUCAAGCUCCCUAGCGAAAUAUCUUGAUGGAGAAUUCUGGGAAGUUAAGGAUCAAAUUCGGGGAGAAAUCUCCAGCUGUGAAUUGUUUCAGUCAAACAGUUAUGACCUCACUCUGGACCAGACAAGGGACUUGACGGUCGAGAGACUUCACUACUUUUUAAAACUGCCACAGAUACGAAGCCAGCUCAAAGACCAGGUGAAGGAUGGACAGAACUCCUUUCUGGCUAAAAGCCUGGGAAUCACAGAGCUCCUAUGCUCUGCAGAUAUGGCAACUGGUGUAAAGUUGGGUGUCGUGUGUGGACUAUAUGGCGGUGCAGUCACCAAGCUAGGGGGCUCGGAACAGAAGGAGCAGUGGUACCUCCCUGUAUCGGAGCUGGAGUUUACCGGGAUGUUUGCCAUGACCGAGAGGGGUCACGGGAGCAACGUCCGUGGAAUCCUGACUGAAGCCCAUUAUCAACCCUCCACUCAGGAAUUCAUCAUCCACACGCCAUGCGAGGACGCCCAGAAGAUGUACAUUGGCAAUGCCAUGAAGGGAAACUUCGCUGCUGUGUUUGCUCAGCUUAUUGUGAAUGGAGAGGCUCAAGGUCCGCACUGUUUCAUCGUCCCCAUCCGAGACCGGCAUGGGGUCAUGUAUUCUGGAGUCACAGCUAUUGACAUGAAGCACAAGGAAGGCCUUCAUGGAGUUGACAAUGGGAUACUGAUAUUCAACAAAGUUCGGAUACCACGGGAAAACCUUCUUAGCAAGUUCGGUACAGUGUCUGAGGAUGGGGUCUACUCCUCUCCGAUUCAAAGCAAGGGCAGCCGCUUCAAUGCCAUGUUGGCAGCUCUGACCCCCACCCGCCUAGGCCUCACUGUCCAGGCUAUGGCUGCCAUGAAGUUGGGGCUCAUUAUUGCAGUACGCUACAGCCACAGUCGGAGGCAGUUUGGGCCCAAGGACCAGGAUGAGGUGAAGAUCAUCGAGCACCAGACCCAGUACCUGAGACUCAUGCCACACCUGGCAGCCGCAUUGGCUCUGACAUUCACAACCAGGUACGCAGCACGGCUGAUGGACGAGGCCCUGAGUCAGGGGCAGGACCUCCAGAGUAAUCGCUCCCUGCAGGCUUUGGUGGCUGGCCUAAAAGCCUACAGCACCUGGCAGAACCUGGCAUGCCUCCAGGAGUGCCGUGAAUGCACAGGCGGCAUGGGCUUUAUGAUGGAAAACAGGAUCCCAUCGUUGAAGUGUGACUCUGAUGUCUUUGUGACAUUUGAAGGCGACAAUGUGGUCAUGCUGCAGGUGGUGGUGCGUGAGCUUCUCAGUCAGUACACUAAGCAGCUGGGUGACAGCGUAGUGGCCGGUCUCAUCAGAACCUGGACCAGUUCGGCCUCGGACAGCUUCAGAACCAGUCUCCUAGGCUUCAACGUGGAUAAGGUGGGGGAUUUGAGUUUCCUUCUGAAGGCUGUGAGCUAUCGGGAGAGAGUGUUGCAGCGUAGCCUGGCAGCCAGACUCUACAAUAAGGUUGAAAAGAACAAAGAUGAGUUUUUCGGGGCCUGGAACUCCUGCCUCCAUCAUGUGACUGGCUUGGCCCUGGCUCACAUUCAUCGAGUGACAUUGGAGCAGUUUGCACUGGCUAUUCAAGAGUGCCAGGUCGCAGAAGACCACGCCUUGCUCAUGAAGUUCUGCCUCUUGCAUGGCACUAGUUUGGUGUACCAGGAGAGAGCUUGGUACCUGGAGCAUAAGUACCUGACUCCAAGCACUAGCCGACAGAUUCGCACCCAGCUGCUGGAGCUCUGUAAGUCGGUCAAGGAUGCGGCCUUGAAGGUGGUCUCCGACUUCAACAUCCCGGCUUGCUGCAUUCAAGCUCCUAUUGCUGGAGUGGCCAACCCAAGGGCCGAAUGGGCUUUCUACUCCCAACCUCAGAUCCCGUCAGCACAGGGGACACUAUCUAAGCUCUGAGCCCUGUCAGGCUUUCAAAACAAGGGAAACCUAACCACUGAUGUAUGACUGUCCAAAGGAACUCGUCCACAUAUGUGGAGUUUUAACACCUCUCAAGAUAGACUUUGUAUUGUGCCACCAUUACUUGUGAAACAUUAGCUUAUGGAGCUAAUCAUGAAUGAAGUCGAGAUUCAUUUCAUUUUUUAAAUUUUCGUUUUGUGUUUGUUUUGCUGCAUAUGCCUUAUGUAGUGUCUUCAUCGCUAUGGGAUACACAGGGAUGCCAAUGAAGUGCUAAAACAUGAUCCAUAUAGCCUACUUCUACAGGCUGUCAGAUGCUUUGUUCUGUGUGAAAUGGCUUCUUUGACUUGAAAGGACAGUUUAGACCCUCGCCAUUGCACACUUCUUGUAAGACUUUUAAACUGUUUUCCCUGAUAACUGCUAAGACUCUGCUUUUAGUCAUAUUUCCAGAUUGAGCCAGUUAGUGGUUCAUUUUAUAUCAACAUUCAACUAAUUUAACCUGGGUCAUAGCACAUGAGUAAAGGGUCUUUAACCACAGGAAAUGGUGAAGUAAAUGGUUGCUAAAUGUUUAUGGUUUGGACAGCAAUCGAGGGUCUUGUCAUAUCACAGGUAUGGGUGAGAGACAAUAUGUCUGCUGCAGUAUCCCAUUCACAGCUUCAACCAUAGCUCUUUAAAAGUAUUUGGAGUACUUCUGUUUGAACAGCUUGAAGUGUAGUUUCAGUUGUAAAAGGUGCAGGGAAGAAUAUCAUUCCAAAUGUUUUGUAUAUGCGAUGAUGUGUCUUCUACACCCUAUUUUCAUAAAGUCUGUAACUGACGGUGGCCUGUCUGGAUGUUCCUUGUUUGUUUCUUUUCUUGUCUCCAGUCAGCGUGACAGAGAAUCACUGACUUUUUUCCAUUAUGUUAUUAUAUUGUAAUAAUGAAUUUCCCUGAAUUAUUUCUGAAAAUAUUUACAUAAGUUUUCAUGAUCCAAAUGUUAUUCUUACAUUUGCCAUUGUCUGCCAGGGCAUGCAAUGUAUUUUAGGUUUGUAAAGUUAACAAACUUUUUACUGGUCAUAAUUAAGAUCAAUAAAUACAACCCAUCAUGA